ACUAUGACGUCAUAAAGGAAGUUGACUCCAUAGUCUGACAGACCCAAAUAAAAAGAAGUCACCUGUCGUUGUUUACAUUUGUAUAACAACAAAGUCUUGAAGAAGGAAGAUGAAAUUCAAGUUUAGAGAAGAGCACACUUUUGAGCAGAGACAGGCAGAAUCAACAAAGAUCAGAGACAAAUACCCUGAAAGAAUUCCUGUCAUCGUAGAGAAAGAUCCGAAGUCACAGAUUCAGGACAUAGAUAAACGGAAGUUUCUGGUUCCCAAUGAUAUCUCUGUGGCUCAGUUUAUGUGGAUUAUUAGAAAGAGGAUUCAGCUCCCGUCAGAGAAAGCUAUAUUUCUGUUUGUAGGCAAGGUCUUACCCCAGUCCAGUGCAAGUAUGGGUCAGGUGUAUGAAGAACACAAGGACGAAGAUGGCUUUCUUUAUAUUGCAUACAGUGGAGAGAAUACAUUUGGAAUGUGAACUCUUGAUACAUCAGCAAAAUUUUCCAUUAUGACAUUGUUUCCUAUUUAAUUUUUUUUUUCAUUUCAUGAUUCAUUUACAUCAUUUUACAAAUAUGAUAUAAAAAUAAGCUAAUUAUUCCACAAAUAUUAAUGGUAAUGUCAGUCACUCAUAUUUAAUUGGAAUUUAUUUUCUUCAGCAGACAUUCUGGUUUUUCAAUAUUUUUUUUUUUUUUUUUUUUUUGAAAUUCAAACUUGAAUUAUAAUUAGAUUUUAAUUCCGAAAGUAACUGUUUUUUUUUUUUUUUUUUUGGUUUUUUUGGUUUUUUUUAAGGGAAAUAUUAUUAUAAAUGUCUUCAAUCUCAACAUGAUGAAUUGAAAGUUCUUAGUAGUGUACGUGUCAUUUGGUACUAGGUUGUACAAUAUUGUAAAUAUUCACAUCCAGCUUUAUUAUACGAAUCAAUCAAUACAACAAAACAGAAUUUUUAUUUUCGUAUUAAUACAAUGUUUGACCAUUUUAUAGGGCAUAUCUGAUUUAAAGUCUGUUUAAGUGAAAAACAGUAAAUACUUUUUUUUUACUUAAAUGGCCUCUUUUCCAUGAAAAUUUUUAAAAUUGUCAAUAAGAAAUUUUUGAAUAAUUGUGAUCAUUGAAGAAAGUUUAAAAAUCAUGCUAUAGAUAUAAAAAGGGGGGUUUUGAUUUGAAUCAAAUUAAAUUUUAAUGUACUGGUACAUAUAUGCUAAUUAAAACCACAGACCUCUCUAUUAUUAAUUUAUAUUUCCGAUCUAGUUUACAUUACUUAUUAUUUGUGUCUGUGAUAUCGUGUAUGCGGUAACAUUUAUUAUUUGAAAUACAGAUUGGGAAACAUUCAAACUGUUGGUGUUAAUAUGCUAUUUCCACAUUUUGUGUUUUAUGUUGAUUAUUUUCCUUCUGUCACUCUAAAUGUUUGAAAAUGCUUGAUAAAAUAAACCAGCUCACCAUCUGCAACAAAUUA